ACACACUUUGGGUAUAAUAACCAAAAGAUGUCCAAACUAUUGAUAUUUGUGGCCCUAUUGGUGGCCGUUUGUCAGGCCGAUAUUUCCCCGUUUGACGACUGGUGCCGGCGCUGUCAUUACGUCCCGUGUGAGUCCGAUCCCAUGGAGUACUAUGAGUGCCAUUAUACGUCAGAAAAUGGCCAGGUGUGGGACAUCGUAUGCCCUGUGGACGGGUAUGUGGCUCAUCCGUCUGACCCAACCGCCUAUUUCCAGUGCGAGGCUACCGCUGGCCAGGGAUGGCAUUUGCUUUUGAAGCAUUGCCCGAAUAAGACAUUUUGGAGUGUGUCCACUGCCGCCGACUUCUAUUGCUGGAUGGGGUUUAUGCCUCACGAGACUGACCCCCAUGAGUACUACCAGUGUGUAAAGGGACCUCAGGGAUGGAUAACCUAUUUGAUGCACUGUCCGGCCAACACCACGUGGGUUCAGAACCAUUGGAGGUGCGACGUACGUAUUAACUUUUAA